AAGCUCUCUCUGAUCACAACAAUUUUACAACUGUUCACACAACGACGUGCCAGAAAGACGUGGGACUAUCUAUGCUAUGGCGACUGCUGAGAAAUUGGACAUGUGUAUAGAUGAUGGCCGAUACGCCAAACAGUGCUAGAAGUCACGCUACAACAGAAGAUAGCAUUGUCAGUCCGGUUCCAUCCAUUCACGGAGACGUUUUGUCCCGAAUCAACGAAAGUUACAAAGAAUCGAAAGCAAACCAAAUUUUCCGGCUUCUUCAAGAUCAAGAAAAUUUGAAUAAAGUGUUUACGUCGAAACCAGGUCGACGAAAACCGACACGCAACGACGAAGACGAACACAGUGACGAUAGUUUGAGUGAGGAUUCUUUGAAGGAAACUGAAAAACGACUGUCGGUUAGGUUGUCGUUACAUAGACAAAAAGGCGGGAGGUCGAAAUCUUCUAUGGGAUUUUAUCAUAAUGGUGAUGAUAUAAGCUCAGACGAGGACAACGAGAAAACAAACGAGAUGGCAGAACAGGAAAGACAGAUCAACACAAGGAUAAAUAGGCCAAAAUCGAGCUAUGUUAGGCGGACCACGAUGUGCCAGAGCUACGGUGACAGUGACGAUGACGCACGUGCACAGGUUCGUCCUAAGUCACGUUGUGGGAUUCGAAGCGGUGACCCACGUAGCCGUCGAAUGGUUCUUAAAGAAACCAGUUACAAUCACCAACAGGAGGCUCCAACCAGAGAUUCUGUCGACGAGGAUUUUGGAAACGAUUCUUUAGACGGAACACGGAAUUAUGACAAAUAUGCGAACACACGAUAUGCGCCAACGACUGGCCUUAUUCGACAGCGGUCACGGAUUCGAGGGUUUUGUGAUACCAGCAUGGCGACCGAUAUGUCAGUUUCUUCGUCAAAUACAGACGUUACAAACUCUAAUAAUAACUGCCACAUUCAGGAAGAAACCACGGUUCUCUCUAUAGAUCCACCGGACUCGGCACGAGAAUCCUCGCCUAUACAAAAACACCGCAGGCAACAACUGAAAUCUGCACGGUCGAAUAGACCAACAUCUGAAAACGUGUUCUUAGUACGACAGCGGACGGAAUCCCGUCUCCUGCGAGGAUCCCACACAACCACGUCCAGGCCCAAAUCUGAUAAAACUUUAUUAAAUGCGUCAGGUAAUACGAAAUCGUUAUUGUCAAUCGACACGAGUCCAAACCAGGGUCCGACAGUGUCAAAGACUUCCCAGGCACAACAGGGCCCUAUAAACACACUUACACAACAACAACGUUUUCAACGAGACAGCUAUGACCGGAAACCGCAAUCGAGACCGGUCUCUCGUAGGAGUUCUCUUCGUGCCGAAGGGUCAGGGCCUGUUAGAGGUCCCCCAAAGAACAUGUCUGUGUACGGGGGCAGAACACAAGCAAUUGGACUGAUGAAAUUGCCCCCUUUAGAUCCGGCCGUCAGUCAACGAGCCGAACGUGCGCUAGUCAUACCUACGGGAGAAACAUGUGCUUAAGUAAACAUGGACACUGCCACGUACUUCCUUAUAAAAUAAAUAAGAUGUACUUCCAGUCUGACAUUGCGGGGAAGAUUCAUUGUUCGAAAAUAUGGAGAUCCAACAUAUUAUUCCAG